GGGCAAGAAAAGGAGGAGUUUUCAAAAUCAGGAGACUCAUGAUGGACCUUCGUCUCUUCCCCAAAUUCCUCAAAACAAUAGCCCACUCCUCCACCUCUCGCCGCCGCAGCGCCAUCGCCAUUCAUUACAGCGAACGCCAGCUUUCCUUCGACAACACCCCCAUUAUCCACGUCAAGAUGCACCGCCCUUCCUCGAUGCGUUUGAAGAUGCCUCGCAUCCCUUGCAUAAAUCAUUCGCCAGUCGAUUUCGAUUACGAUUUCGAGUCCAAUGGUGACAAUGACUAUGUUGUAAAUUGUGAUUGUAUUGAUGAUGAUGAUGGAGCAAGGAAGAGUUUCUUAAAAAGUGGAGAUGAAAUUCAUCGCAAGGUUUGUGAAGAGAUGAUUAUUGCUUGUGAUGAUGAAGGAAUUGAUAUCAAAGCAGAGCAGUUCAUAGCUAAAUUCUAUGAGCAAAUGAAGAUGCAGAGACAGGCUUCAUAUUUACAGUACAAUGAGAUGAUUAACAGAGGCACAAGUUGAUCACCAUGAUGUCCCAUGGAAGAGAAGAAACAUCACUAUAAGAAAUUGAGAGAGAUUGAGAGAGCAAAUAUUAGCUCUGUGUUUUUGAUGAUUAUUGCAACCAAAUGGAACCUCCAUUAUAUAGGAGAUGUUUUACAAGACAAAAUGAUGAACAAAGGAAAUAUAAAAAUGAAAGCAAAAGGAAAAGAAGGUGUCUA